GCACUCGCUUUUUGCACUCUCCGGCCAACACUUCCCCUUUCAUUGGGCCACGUAAGCUUCUUUAAAGCUUUCACGCGCAACCUCUCCGAACCAACAUAACGUGGCCCAAUAAAAGAGAAAGUGUUGGCCGGAGAGUGCAGGAGGCGAGUGCCUCUAGCAUUGCUCAUCUUCCAAUAAGAAUGAUCCAUACAGCACAUCUCGAAGUGGCAAAACCCUGAAUGUGAGAAGAAGUUCCUCUCCAACAAUUGGCUGCCAACGGCCGAACCUUCAAUUGGUCCCACUUUCAACAGGAUACGUCUACGGAAUCAUUUCAUCUCUUUUCUUCUUCCCCGUUUGACCCAUUCUUACAAACAAGAAAGAUCUCAUGGCAUCUUCGAAGCUCCAAGCUUUUUGGAACCACCCAGCCGGUCCUAAAACCAUUCAUUUUUGGGCUCCAACUUUUAAAUGGGGAAUCAGCAUAGCAAAUAUUUCCGACUUCUCAAAGCCACCAGAAAAGAUUUCUUAUCCCAUGCAAGCAGUUGUUGCGUGCUCUGGACUUAUUUGGGCGCGAUAUGGCAUGGUCAUCAUCCCGAAAAACUGGAAUCUUUUUAGUGUCAACCUGACCAUGUCUGUUACUGGCAUGUAUCAGCUAUCACGUAAAAUCAAACAUGAUUACCUUGAAGAUGCCAAACCAGAAGCAGUAGCCGCAGAAGAAUCAUCAUAGAAAAACAUUUAUACAUUGGUUCAGUGAUUGUGUCAAAUGCCCACAUUUUUGGGCCCCUCCUGAACCCUUUUCUAGAUUACCAUGGCCGGAUGUGUUGAAAUAUUUGAUGCUGUAAUUAACAUUCCCAAAUCUCAGAUCCCUUCCUCAGCUUUCUAUGGUGAUGUUCUUGAGCAAUGGAAUAAAAACUACGCAUUUUGGCUUUAAACGACGCCGUUUUUCUGUUAAUCCGCUGACUGGCUGAGAUGCCACGGGCAAAUAUCUUCUGGAUGCUUCCAAGUUCUGAUCCGGAAAACCUUAACACAGUAGCUGGAAUGACAACGGUACCCUUAGAUGUAUAUUAAGAUUAUCCAUUUUAGCGCAAUCAACGACACCGUUUAAA